CGGCGGUACCGGAAAUCCCUCCCAAAGGAAGUUCCGCCGUCAGCGGCUUCCGGUACCGGCGCGGAGCGGCCGCGGCUUCACCGGGCCAUGGCGAACCACCUGCGCUUCGUGGGCCGCACGGUGAUGGUGCAGAACGGGAACGUGGAGGCGGCGUACGGCGUCCUGAACAGGAUCCUGGCGCAGGACGGCGUGGCCGACGCGGUGCGGCGCUCCCGGUACUACGAGAAGCCGAGCCGGGCGCGGCGGCGGCGGGCGUUCGAGGCGUGCCGGCGGGUGUACUGUGCCGAGAUGGCGCGCAGGAUCGCCUUCCUGGCCAGGAGCGCCCGCCAGGACCCGUGGCCGGGCUGCUGAGGAUCCGGCCCCAAUAAAAUUCGUCUCGCU